UAUGUUAGGAUCGACUAUGGGAGGGGCCGUCCUCUGCCCUUCGAGAACAUUACUGCUUUCGGAGGGUCUCUAAAAGGUAGCCGAAGUUAUGCCGGACUGCCAGAAAAAUAUUUCUACGCUGCCAAAUUGAUGCCUCAAUCGGUCAAUUAUCAUUCCCCAAACGACCAUGGUUCGCUCAAGAGACGAGGAUGAGUUCGUCUUGACACUCUCUGACAAUGAUGACGAAGGCUCUAUCGAGUCCGACUCUGACGCUGCAGCCCCCAGCCUGAAACGCAAGCGAAACGAAGCCAAAAAUGGUAGCAAGGCAAAGAGGCAGAAAACACAAGGGAAGACGCAACAACCAGUCGCAUCAUCUCCACCAGAGUCGGAGAGUGAAGAUGAUCAAGGUGUUGAUGAUGGCGCUAUAGACUCCGAGUUCGAGUUCGACAUUGCCGCCAAUCCUGUUCUAGAAGACCUCGAGGAAUUCGACGGCUGGGGCGAAGGCAGUAAAGUCAAUGGUCGAAGAAGCCAGAAGGCAGUUGACAUCGACGAGCUGAUUGCACGUCGGGCUGCAAAGAAGCAACAGAGAUCUAAAAUUGAUGCCGCCCUAGAUGUAGAGGACACAAGCGAGGAAGCCGACGAGGAGGAUGAAGAUGAAGACGAAGAUGACAUACAAAUUCCAGAUUUUGAGGAUGAUGAGCUAGUGGCGGACGACGCAUUUGGCGCCGGCGCAGCCUCUGAAGAUGAUGAGCAAGACUCGGGCGCUGCCGGUGAGUCUGACGAUGACCCAUCUGACAGCGAAUCUGUCGCCUCGCCUGUCGCUCACCCAGACGACAUGCCCUCCGACGAUGAAGGCUCAGACGCCGAGUCGCAGGCUUCGGCAGAUGCAGAAGAACAAGCGAAGAGAGCAGCCUUCUUUGCUCCGGAAGAGAAGGUGAAACAAGCAGACCUCAAAACCGUGUCUUCUUUCCAACAAUUUUCCCUGUCUCGACCCAUUCUACGAGGAUUGGCUUCCUUGUCCUUCACAGCACCAACGCCCAUUCAGACCCGUGCGGUGCCUGUAGCCCUUCAAGGUCUCGACGUCGUCGGUUCAGCCGUCACCGGAUCCGGCAAAACAGCAGCGUUCCUGCUUCCCAUCCUAGAACGACUACUCUACCGCCCCCGAAAGGUCCCCACGACCCGCGUCGCCAUCCUCAUGCCCACACGUGAACUGGCGGUACAGUGCUACAACGUCGCAACAGCACUCGCCCGCUUUACAGACAUCACUUUCGCACAAGUUGUCGGUGGUUUCUCGCUUCGCGAACAAGAAAACAUUUUGAAGAAACGACCCGACGUGGUCAUUGCCACCCCUGGUCGUUUCAUCGAUCACAUGCGCAACUCGGCGAGUUUCACUGUGGAAAACAUCGAGAUUCUCGUGCUCGACGAAGCAGACCGUAUGCUCGAAACUGGGUUCGAAGACGAACUGAAUGAGAUUCUCAAGACCAUCCCCAAGUCACGGCAGACCAUGCUCUUCUCCGCAACCAUGACAGACAGUGUCGACAAGCUUGUGCGCGUUGGCAUGAACAGACCGGUCCGACUGUCUGUGGAUGCCAAGAAGAGCACGACCGCCGGACUCACACAGGAAUUUGUGCGACUGAGACCCGGCCGUGAGAACAUGCGUCUCGCCACGUUGUGCCUGCUGUGCAAGAAUGUGUUCACAGAGCGGGUGAUCGUCUUCUUCAGGCAGAAGAAAGAGGCACAUCGAGUCCGAAUCAUAUUCGGCCUCCUUGGUAUAAAGGCCGGCGAACUACACGGCAGCAUGACCCAGGACCAACGUAUCGGCGCGGUCAACGCAUUCCGUGAAGGCCGGACGACGCACCUUCUCGCCACCGAUCUGGCGAGUAGAGGUCUGGAUAUCAAAAAUGUUAUGACCGUGGUCAACUAUGAAGCGCCUCAGACCCACGAGAUCUACGUGCACAGAGUAGGUCGUACAGCCCGUGCAGGACGAUCUGGUCGGUCGUGUACAAUCGCCGCAGAGCCCGAUAGGAAAGUCGUCAAAGCUGCUGUAAAGAGCGCGAGAGAACAAGGCGCGAAGGUGGUCUCGAGAACCAUGGACGUGAAGGAGGUCGACGCGAUGCACGGCCAAAUUGAGGAAAUGGAAAAGGACAUUGAAGACAUUCUACGCGAGGAAAAGGAGGAGAAGCAGCUCGCCCAGACUGAAGCAGAGAUCACGAGGGGCGAGAAUCGAAUCAAACACGAGGCCGAGAUCAUGGCCCGACCCAAGAGAACGUGGUUCGAGAGCGAGAAAGACAAACUUGACGCCAAGAAGAGAGGGUUGCUGGAGUUGAACGGGCCCAACGGGGUGGUCAAGGUCAAGACGGAGCGAAAGAAGCUGAGCAACAAGGACAAGAAGAAGCUGGAUCUGCACAAAGAAAGGGUUGAUGGAAAGAUGUGGAAGAAAGGCAAGGGCAGUGAAGAGGCGGCCAUCAGGGAGAGGAGAGAGCGCAAGAAGAAAAACAAGGGAACUGGUGGCGGUAGUAAGACGGCAACUGGAAAGACGAAGAACAAGAACAAGAACCUGAAGCGAAGGAGGUAGAAUAAAAAAGCAUCCCACAGAAAGUGCAAGAUGACUUUUGGGGGCUUUUCAGGAGCCAUCACUUUUUGUAUGGAGUCGUAC